UUAACCUCGCACGCGUAAUUCUCUAAUCAGUCGUGAAAGCGAAUUUUAUGGACCAGAUUUCGUGCGGAAAACAUGUCGACGGACAUAGAUUCGAUAAAUUACGGGCCCGACCAGCCUUGUAAAGAAAUCAUAGACGAUAUCGAGGACUUGAUCCGGGCGCAAGACAUUACGCCCAAGGAGCGCUACAACAGCAGGAAGCACGUCAAAGUGAAAGCGCGGAAACGGGCGAGCGUCGAAGAGCCGGAGUCGCCGACUCCAGGGGCCAACGUGCCGGGCACACAGAGCGUUUACGUAAAGACGUGGGGAUGCGCGCACAACAGCUCCGACUCCGAGUACAUGGCCGGCCAGUUGGCCGCGUACGGCUACAAAAUAACCGAGGAAAAGGACGAGGCGGAUUUGUGGCUGCUCAACAGCUGCACCGUGAAAAACCCCGCGGAAGACCAUUUCAGGAACGAGAUCGAGUUGGCUAAAAGGCGUGGCAAGUACCUCGUACUGGCGGGUUGCGUUCCGCAGGGUGCGCCCAAAUCUCAAUUCGUGCGGGGCCUAAGCGUGAUCGGGGUGCAGCAGAUCGACCGUAUCGUCGAGGUGGUGGAGGAAACGCUCAAAGGCAACACGGUCAAGUUGCUCGGCACGAAAAAGUUAAACGGUAAAAAGGCGGGCGGGGCGUCGCUGCUCCUGCCCAAAGUGCGUCGCAACCCGCUCAUCGAGAUCAUCGCCAUCAACACGGGCUGCCUGAACCAGUGCACCUACUGCAAGACCAAACACGCGCGCGGCGACCUGGGCAGUUACCCGCCGGAGGAGAUUAUCGCGCGAGCGAGGCAAGCGUUCGAGGAGGGCGUGGUCGAGAUAUGGCUGACGUCAGAGGACACGGGCACGUACGGCCGCGACAUCGGCACGUCGUUGCCCGCGUUGUUGUGGCAGUUAGUGGACGUCAUCCCCGAAGGGUGCCGCCUGCGGCUCGGCAUGACGAACCCGCCCUACAUACUCGAACACUUGGAGGAGAUCGCGAAGAUCAUGAGGCACCCGCGGGUCUACGGCUUCCUCCACGUGCCAGUCCAGUCGGGCAGCGACCGAGUGCUGGCCGACAUGAAACGCGAGUACUGUCGCCAAGACUUCGAACGCGUCAUCAACUUUCUGAGAGAGAGGGUGCCGGGCAUGACGAUAGCGACCGACGUCAUCUGCGGCUUCCCCACCGAAACGGAGGCCGAUUUCGACGAGACGAUGACGUUGUGCGCGAAAUACAAAUUCCCCAGCCUCUUCAUCAACCAGUUUUUUCCGAGGCCGGGCACGCCGGCCGCCCUACUGCCCCGGGUGCCUCCCGCGGAGGUGAAACGGCGCACCAAACGCCUCACCGACCUCUUCUACUCGUACCAGCCGUACGGGGGUCGGACCGGCGAGGUCUACGACGUCCUCGUCACAGAGGUAUCGCACGACGGCCGUUUCUACGUCGGCCACAACCGUUUCUACGAGCAGGUGCUCGUGCCCAAGAGGAAGGAGUACAUGGGGAAGCUGGUGAGGGUGAGGAUCGCGUCGUCGUCCAAAUUUUCGAUGGUGGGCGCCGCCCUCGACGAGGUGGCGACCCCGGGAAUCGCGAAACCGUUGGAAAAGGGGGUCGUGUCGGGACUGAGGCUGGCCGACCGCGUCGACGCGAGGGCGUGGCUGCCGCUCGUCGCGGCGCUAGCGGGCGUCCUUGUCGUCCGGAUUUUGUGGAUUUUUUUGUAACUCGCAGAAUAAAAGCCCUGCCACUCUCGAAAGUUGCGUUUCUAAGCCCCGCCCUGGGUGUGUGCGUUCCCUCGCGCCGCUACCGUCCUCAAAGCGAUUUUAACAAGAAAAUUUGUACAGGGUGUUAAAGUUUCAAGAGAAAAUAUAACAAAAAAAUAAACAUUUUUCAAAAAACUACUGCUUUAAAUUAUAUAAAAUUAUGAAGUAUACGAGGCCAAAUCAAAAAGUUGUCGAAAACAACUUUAUUUUUUUGCGCAACACAAUUUUCCCCGUUUUCCACGCAUUUUAUCGCAACAAAAUUCAAUACAAAGCUUUUAUUUAUCGACGAAAAAUAUGACUGUUUCUCGGUGCGUUUGAAAAUUUCGAGAAAAAUCGCUUUUUCACACUUGGGGGUACCGCCCUCAAAGCGAUUUUAAAAAGGAAAUUUGUACAGGGUGUUAAAGUUUCAAAAGAAAAUAUAACUUUCACAACUUUAAAAAAAAAACUAGUGUUCCAAUUAUACGGGGUCAAAUCAAAAACUUUUUUUUUGCACUACACAUAUUUCGAAGAAACUUUUUUUUUUGGGUUGAUCCAACAACAAAGUUUUUCGUUUUUUCAUUAAUUGCACAGAAACCUUUUAACAAAUUUUGAGAAAACGUUUAUUUGCGGUCUCCCCAGUGUUUAUAUUAAGUAAUUAAAAUAAAACACCUUACUUCAGUAGCGUCCGAGGGCGAUCUAAUCAAUAUCUGCAAGCAAAAUGGCGACGGGCCGCUGAUGUUUUCAAAAAUUCAUGAUUUUUUUUUUU